CACCUUGUGCAAACAAGGUCAGCUGAGUGGCUGGCGGGGAGUUUCCCUGGGCAGCAGAGCCCGCAGGGAGGGCAGGCGGCACUCUGUGGCCCCUCCAGCCGUAGCCCCACCAUGGCCGAGCGAGGCAGGAGUGGAGCUGCCCUUCUGGACACAGAGGUCUUGGCCUUGGCGUGGGUCUACCUGGUUGCCCUGGCUCUCAGCCUGCUGGGCAGCGGCUCCAUUGUGGCUGCCUCCCUCCUCCGAAGGCGAUGCUGCCAGGAUCAGCUCUGCCCGCUCUUCCUCCUCUCCCUGGCGGAUCUCCUGGGUUCCUCGGCCCUCCUCUCCGCAGCUGCCAUCCAGCUCCUUCCGCAGCGGCUCUUCAUCUCGGCCUACCAAGCCUGUCCCUACCUGCUGAUGCUGGGUCUGAUGUUCUACGCCAUUUCUCUGCUGAUGGUCGUCGUCUAUGCCUACGAAGUGAAGCGAGCUCUGGGGGGCUGGAGGGAGGCCCCUUCCUCUGCCCUGCUGCAGGAGGAGAGAGGCAGGUUCAAUGAGAGACUCCAAACAAACCUGCCCCGUCUCUUGGCCUGGCUGCUCCCUUUCCUGGUCUUCGUGGUCCUGCUGGUGAUGCGAGGCUCGUCCCUGAGAGAUGUGGCGCCCUGGGCCUUCCCCCCGGUGGCGUUACAGGCUGGCAACGGCUCGCGUGGCUCGCGUGGCUCCUACAGCCUCUACUGCUCCAGCUGCUUGAUCCUCAUCCACCACUCGCAAGACACCUGCUACAAGUACACAGGCAGGAAGGACUCUGGCAAAGAAGCCAAUAUCUUCUUUCUCGUCUUCGUCUCUCUGGUUGUCGCCUGCUGCACAGUCCUCUACUGCAGGGUGAAGUGCUGGUGCCGCCGCAGGCAGAGAGGUGGCCCCACCGUGAACCUGCCAGCUCCGGAGAGCAACGGCUGUGCCAGCAGAACCCGCAUCACCUGCUUCUUCCAGCUGGUCUUCCUGGUCUGCUGGAUGCCAGCUUUCUCCCUGUGUCUCCUCUCCUUCACCAGCCUCCAGCCGGCCUUCCUCUUCUCUCUCUACGUGGCUGUGGCCCUGACCAUCUCCCUGCCAGGCUUCUUACACAGCCUGGUCUAUGGAUGGCUCCGGCAGAACUUCCGCCGAGAGGUGACCGGGGAGCAGGUGCCCCUCCUGGGCCACCUGGACCAGAAAGCCUUUUACGAGGACUCCCUGGCCAUUUGCAGGGAGGGCUGAAGAAAGAGGGGCAGGCGGGGUCUCCCAAGAACAGAGCGCUGCAAAACUCAGGCAGGGAGCAGCUCAGCUCUGCUUCGCGCCAGGGGUGGGGGUACAUUACAAGUCCCUCCGCCUCUGGUUUUUUUGUAACGGUAUUUUGCUCAGGACUUCUGCCAGUGACAGCAUUAGCCCAGCAGCCAGCAGGAUCACACCAAAGACGCACAGGAGCCGUGCACUCUGCUUGCUACAGGGGCUUCAAGUGUUGUGGGGAAAUUGUUGUCACCCCCCCUUUGCUCUGGGGUCUCACGAUCCCCUGGGGUCCACUUGACAGUCAGAGCAAAGCAAGAAAAUGCAACCAGGUAUAUGAAAAGCAAGGCGAGUAGGAGGCCCAAUCUUU